CGGCAACUAUUACAGCUGGUAAUCAUGGUUUCCAAAGUGGCUCUCCUCCUCGCCAUCCUGGUAUGCAGUCAGUACCUGGCUCAGGGCGUCUAUGUCAUCCCAAAGUCCUCAUGGGGUGGUCGCGGUGCCAAGUGGACUGUGGCUCUGGGCAACUACCUCGGCUACGCCAUCAUCCAUCACACCGCCGGAUCCUACUGCGAGACUCGUGCCCAGUGCAAUGCCGUGCUGCAGAGCGUUCAGAACUACCACAUGGACUCCCUGGGCUGGCCCGACAUUGGCUACAACUUCUUGAUUGGCGGAGAUGGCAACGUUUACGAGGGACGCGGUUGGAACAACAUGGGUGCCCAUGCCGCCGAGUGGAACCCCUACAGCAUUGGCAUCAGCUUCCUGGGCAACUACAACUGGGACACCCUGGAACCCAACAUGAUCUCCGCCGCCCAGCAGCUGCUGAACGAUGCUGUCAAUCGCGGCCAGCUCAGCUCUGGCUACAUUCUGUACGGGCACCGCCAGGUCAGCGCCACCGAGUGCCCUGGCACUCACAUCUGGAACGAGAUCCGCGGCUGGUCCCACUGGUCUGGUUAGACUUACUAGUAUGAAUAAAAUAAUAAUGAAAAUCA